AUCUCGAACAAAGAGUGUUUCCAAAAAAUCAAACUCUUAAAGAAGAGUAUUCAAAAUUCAUUAAUGAGUACAUAAGCCUCAGUCAUAUGAAAUUUAAAUGUAAUCUUCAAGAUCUUCCUCCAACUGAAAAUGGUUUCAUACUACCACAUCAUGGAAUAUGGAAGGAAAGUAGAUCUACAACAAAGUUAAGAGUUGUAUUUGAUGGAUCAUCAAAACCAGUCAACUCCACUUCUCUCAAUGAAGAGCUUCUUCCCGGUCCAUCGUUACAAAACGAUCUUUCAUCAGUCAUUCUGAAAUGGCGUAAAUUUCUCUUCGUUUUCACAUCGGACAUUGAGAAAAUGUUCCGACAAAUCAUUGUUCAUCCUGAAGAAACAAAGUUCCAGAGGAUCCUAUGGCGUCCCGAUACGUUCAGUUCACUUCAACUGUAUGAACUGCAAACAGUUACUUAUGGUACAACUUGUGCUCCAUAUCUUUCAAUCAAAGUUCUGCAACAGUUAGCAAAUGAUGAAGCAGACAAUUUUCCUAAAGGAGCUGAAGUUUUGAAAAACGACAUUUACGUUGACGAUAUAAUUUCUGGUGCUGACGACAUCAGUUCAGCAAAGACAAUUCAAAAGCAACUCAAGGAGCUUUUAAGUUCCGGAGGGUUUAAUCUAAGAAAGUGGACUUCAAAUUGUCCAGAACUCCUUUCUGAUUUACAACCAGAAGAUUGUGAGUUUUCAUUCAAUCUUGAUGAUUCAAACUCAUCAGUUAAAGCUUUGGGUUUAUUUUGGAAUCCAAAAUAUGACUAUUUCUUCUUCAAAAUAUCGCUUCCCAUGUGUAAUAUUUUCACAAAAAGAACAUUACUUUCCGAUGCAUCGAAGCUUUUCGAUCCACUUGGCUUACUGGCGCCAACAACAAUUCUGGCUAAAAUAUAUUUUCAGCAACUUUGGCUGGAAGGUAUUGGAUGGGAUGAUCCUCUUCCACAUAAAUUAAGUUCUGAAUGGGAACAGUAUAGAAAUAAUCUAUCAUUCUUACAAACUAUAAAAAUACCUAGAUGGCUAGGUACUAUAAGUUCUUCAUCUAUAGAAAUUCAUGGCUUUUCUGAUGCUUCGAACAAUGCAUAUUCUGCCGUUCUAUAUUGUAGAACUCAUAGACCUAACGGACAGAUUUUUGUCAAUAUUAUUACUGCAAAAACUAAAGUUGCACCAAUUAAACAAAUUUCAUUGCCGCGACUAGAGUUGUGCGGUGCAGUUCUCUUGGCUAAGUUGUUUAAAAAAUGUAUAUCGGCUACUCAAAUUGAAACUUAUAACUUAGAAUCAUACUUCUGGACAGAUUCUACCAUAGUUCUAAGCUGGAUUCAUGCUUUACCUAUUCGUUGGAAAACUUUUGUCGCCAACCGUGUAAGUGAAAUUCAAGAAAUAGCGAAUGUUAAUCAAUGGUUUCAUGUAAGUUCAGAGGACAAUCCAGCUGAUUGCGCUUCUAGAGGAGUUCAACCUCAAGAUUUAGAAAACCAUGAACUCUGGUGGAACGGUCCUCGGUGGUUAAGUUGCUCAAAAGUCGAUUGGCCCAGUCAAGAUGCCUCUCGUUUUUUUACUGAUCUUGAGCAAAAAACGAAAAUAUUUGCAUGUACUAAUGUAAUUAUUCAAUUUUCCACUAACCUCUUAAGUAGAUUCAGUUCACUAAACCGUUUACUACGAGUGACGUCUUAUAUCCUAAGACUUCGACCUAAAAGGCUGAGAAUUUUCAGUGGUUACUUAAAGGCUAUAGAAAUUCAAACUUCAUUAAAACAUCUCAUAACAUUAUCUCAAUCCUUAUCAUUUCCUAACGAAAUUAAAAGUCUUACAACUAAAAAAGAAAUUUCUUUCAAAAGUAAAAUUCUUAAUUUACAUCCAUUCGUUGAUAAAAAUAACCAACUUCGUGUUGGAGGUCGACUUCGUUUUGCGAACAUAGACGACGAUUCAAAAUAUCCUUUGAUUCUAUCAGGUUCUUGUAAUCUUUCAAAACUUCUUGUUGCUGACGCGCACUUAAAAACCCUACAUGGUGGACAACAAUUAAUUAUGUCCUAUAUUCGAACCAAGUAUUGGAUAACAAAUUUACGAAAUGUUGCAAAAGCAGAAUUUCAUGCUUGUGUUACUUGCACUCGCUUUAACAAAAUGCGUACCACGCAACUAAUGGGUUCACUUCCCAAAGUAAGAGUGAAUAAAAGCAGGGCAUUUCGACAUAGCGGUGUAGAUUAUGCUGGUCCUUUCGGCCUUAAGCUUUCCAAAGGUAGAUCGACGAAGACCUACAAGGGUUUUAUUUGCAUAUUUAUUUGUCUGGUCACAAAAGCGAUUCAUAUCGAGCUUUUCUCAGAUAUGACUUCCGAAGGUUUUUUGGCUGCAUUCCGAAGGUUCACUGCGCGAAGAGGAGGCUGUAGUCACUUAUACAGUGACAAUGGAACCAACUUUGUGGGAGCCAACAAAGAGCUUAUAAAGAUGAAUCGUCAAUUUCUUCAAAUUCUUUCGGCUGACGUCCGUGCCCAGAUGGAAAAUGAAGGAACUUCCUGGAGUUUUAUUCCGCCUGCCUCACCACACUUCGGUGGAUUAUGGGAGGCAGGAGUAAAAUCAGUUAAUUCAAAUCGAAGCCUCACUUAACUCCAGACCACUGUGCCCACUCACCGAUGACCCUACGGACUUAAGUGUACUCACUCCUGCCCAUUUCCU